CACCCAGCAGCCGUCCUCUCCACAGUUCGUGGAAAACCUUGUCGCAGCUGCUACACAUCGGGCCCGACUGCUUCUCUCUCUCGAGGACUUAAAAGCGACCAGUCUUUUCUUGUUAAGGGACCGGAAGUGACCACCCGGAGGGAGAUAACCGUUGGAAUAUAAGAAGCAGCUGGACGCUUCAUAAUUUGGCGUCAUGUCCAGGUCAGACUACCCUCCAGGGUACGAGAACUCCCAUAGUCCGAUGUACCCACCUCAGGGCGGGGGCUACCCACCUCAGGGCGGGGGCUACCCACCUCAGGGAGGGGGCUACCCACCUCCACCUUCUUACGGCUUCCCGUCCUAUGGCGGUCCUCAGCCGGGUCAGCCUUCGGCUCCCUAUCCAAGCGGCCCAAAUGCCCCUCUCUUCCCGGGCCAGCCAGCGGGGUAUCCUGCCGCUCCGUACCCAGGACAGCCGCACCCUGCAGAACCUCCGGGAUCGGGCUACCCCGCCCCACCACCAAUGCCUCCAAUCAUGCCCCCCACCAUCCCAUCAGGAGUUCUGAGCUCAGACGAGGAGUUCGCGGCGAGGGGCAGCAACUGGGACGACAUGAGCAUUCGGCAUGCCUUCAUCAGAAAGGUUUACAUGAUCCUGGCCUCCCAGCUCCUCGUCACCACGGCCAUCGUUGCCAUAUUCACCUUCGUGUGAGUACGCAGUUGCAGUUUUUGUUCAUCGCCGUCGGAGGGUCCGCCUGUUGCUAACCGCCUGUUGCUAACCGCCUGUU